UAAUCUACUUAAGUUUGCCUCACACCACUUUUAUCAAAAUCCCUUCAAAACCCAAAACUUGCAACAAAAUCCAACGAUUUUCAUCUAAUUCUCUUUUACCAACAUGACUCAGUAGUCUUCCACAGAGGACUGUCUUCUUCUUUCAAGAAAAAACCCACCAAAAUCAGGGAAAAACAAGUGCCAAGAAAAACCCAAGUUUGAAUCUUUAAUAAUCCCUGUUUAUGUAUUUUAAUCUAUUUUCUGUGGGAUAUUAUUAUCAUCUAAAAUUAAUAAGAGAGAUUGAUUUGAUUGAAUUGGGUAAUUUUUUUCUGGGAUUUUAAGAUCAAAUAACGAAGAAGCUGAAUAAAUUAUGUCAGGAAUUGCUGUAAUAUUAGAUCUGUUGAGGAAAAAUCCCAACUUUUAUUCAACACAUAGCUUGCAUUCUUUUGGUUCUUUCUCAGCUAAAGUUGCAGUCUCAGGUGCUGCGGCUUCUGUUCUUGCCUCUUACCCUUUUGGGUUUAGGGCUUUCCUUGGAAGCAAUAACAGAGUUGCUUACUGCGAUGCUGCUGCAACAUGGAAUGAGGAUCACAUCUCUAAGGAUCAUGAUGAACAUCGAUUCGAGGAUCUUGACAUCCCUAAACAUGUUUUUGAGCAUUAUUCCCUGUACAAUGGGAAAGUAUAUAAUGUUGACCUGAAACCACUUUCCUCAGCUUUUCACCCAAGGACAUUUGCUCUCACAGUCUUGAGAUCAUUUUUGAUGUAUUAUUUACCGCUUUUGGAGCCUCGGACGGCAUUGGAAGACGAUGAUGAAGACUUCCUUGAUGAUAAUGUAGAAGAUAAGCGCUAUGAUUUGGUUGGUCCAUUCUACAAGUCAGUAAAUCAAAUUAUGCGUGAGAGUGCUGUCAUUACUACUAGGAGGGUAUUGGAAAAGUUAGCUGUCUCUUAUCUCUCUCAACGUUGGGCAUGGAAGCUUCUUAAAGAUGCUCGUAAAUCAGCCUUGCGUAAGGCACAACGAGGUUUUCCAUCAACUGUUUACAUCUCUGCUGUUACAAAAACAACUUUCAGAGCUCAUUGUCUGGGAGUGGCAGCAUCUUGGAUUGUUCAAGUUGGAGUUGACAUCUAUAAAACCCUCUUCCGUCUCUUUAACUCUAAAGAAGAUAUAGAAGAAGUUAAAAAAGCAGAGGAAAUUCAGCUUCUUGUUGGGAAGAUAUAUGCUGUGACUCUCAAGUGCUCUGCAUCAUUAGUCUUUGCUGCCAUCGGUGCGGGCGUUGGUGCGUCAUGUAUACAUGCUUCAUAUGGUCAAUGGAUCGGCUGUGCUGCUGGAGAUUUGGCGGGUCCAGUGUUUGUAGCACUUUGUUUCGACAAGCUUAUUCAUGCCAAUGUUUAGAUUCUCUGGAAUUUGCUCAUAACGACACACUGAUUUGAGUGCCUCAGUAUCGGAUUCAGUUGUAUACUCCUGUUGUGUUUUCAAAACAAUAAUACCACCCGAUCACCAGCCUCAAGGUUAGUCAGACCCAGCAAGAAACAUCUUUUUAACAGACUUCGGAAUGUGUUGAUUUCAGAUACAAUUUUUCGUGAAGCUUUCUGGAAUAAAGACUUCUUCUUCAUAGAUACUAACGGCUGCUAAGUUUCUUUUUUAUUAACCUAGUUAUUGAGAAAUCUAUUGUCUCGAGAAAAAAUAGGAUUAAGGUUUUUGUGCUUUAUAUUGUGUUAGCGUUGAUACUUUCUUUGUACAUUUAUCUAUAAGAUAUCAGCAGCAGCAUUUCCCUUUAGAUAAGAUGUUUACCUAUUCAAACUUCAUAAAGAAUAGAGGGAUUUGAGUAGUA